CACUCAACACUUCUCCUUCCAUAACUUCCUCUCCCACUUUAUCCUCCUCAACUCCAUCAACCAUACCAAUUAUACCAAAAUCCAAUUAUCCCAUGGUCACCAGGCUACAGACAGGAACACUUAAACCACGAGUUCUUUUAGAUCUAUCUCACAUUGUCCAAACCCCACCUACUUGCUUCUCUACUGCCAACAAAGAUCUUCACUGGCGCCAUGCCAUGUCCGAAUUUCGGGCCCUCCAAGCACAAAGUACUUGGUCUCUAGUCCCUCUGCCAACAAACCAACAGGUAAUUGGUUGUAAAUGGAUAUACAAACUAAAGCAUCUGGCAGACGGUACCAUUGCCAUAUACAAAGCCCGUCUGGUCGCGCAGGGCUUCAAACAUGAAUAUGGUAUUGAUUAUCUUGAGACGUUCAGUCCGGUCGUUAAACACACCACAAUCCGGCUACUUCUACUCGUUUCUCUCCACCAUGAUUGGCCAAUACAUCAACUUGAUGUUAUGAACGCGUUUCUUCACGGUUCAUUAAAUGAAACUAUUUAUAUGAAUUAGCCAUAGGGAUUUGAGAAUCCAAAUUACCCGCACCGUGUUUGUUUGCUGCAUAAGGCUAUCUAUGAACUCAAACAAGCGCCACGCCUUUGGUUUACAAACUUAUCAAAUUAUCUCAAACAUCAAAGUUUCACUGCCAGUUCAGCAGAUCCUUCUUUCUUUCAUCUACAUAGAGAUGACCUUCACAUAUAUAUACUGGUUUAUGUUGACGACAUUCUCGUCACCGGCAGCGAUCCAAUCUAUAUUUCCAGUUUACUUGCUAAGCUUCACUAGAGAUUUCAAACACGGGAUCUUGGCCCGCUCUCAAUAUUCCUUGGCAUAGAAUUUCUCAGAACAGCUCAUGGAUAUCAUCUUUCACAGCAGUCCUACAUAACCGAGCUUCUGCGCACUGCCUUAAUGUCCAAUUGCAAACCAUUACUGACGCCAUUACCAUCCAAAUAUCCUACAGACACCAGCCUUCACUUACCAUUCUCUCAACCCGAGCUUUUUCGUAAACUUGCCGGCUCCCUACAGUACAUUACUUCCACUCGUCCUGACAUUGCCUUUGUUGUCAAUAAGUUGUGCCAACAUAUGCAUAAUCCCCUACUACUUCACUUUCAGUUACUCAAACGUGUUCUGCGUUACCUGAAAGGGACUAUAACUCGUGGCUUGUUUCUUCCCAAAACCAAGCUAACUCUAUCUGCUUAUUCAGACUCCGACUGGGCUGGAGAUCAAUUAGACCGAAAAUCCACAACUGGUUACUGCCUUUUCUUAGGCACAACUCUUCUUACUUGGUCUGUUAAGAAGCAAACGACAUUAGCUAGAUCAUCAACUGAAACUGAGUACUGCUCCAUGGCUGCUGCAACGGACAUCAUCUGGAUGCGCCGCCUCUACGAAGAAUUUCUUCUUCCUCAACAGACAACAACUUUAUUCCGCGACAAUGUUUCUGCCAUGUCCAUUGCCUGUAAUCCUAUCUUUCAUGCCCACACCAAACACAUUGAGAUUGAUCACCAUUUCAUCCGAGAUUGCAUUCAAGCCAACCACAUUGUUGUUCAUCAUGUCUCCACGCUCGAUUAAAGUGCAGAUAUUUUCACCAAGUCUCUUACUUCUGCUCGUCUCGCUGACUCACGCACCAAGCUUCUGGUCCUUCCCAUCAGCUUGAGGGACGGUGACAAGCGCCCUGUAUCCACUACGCCGAGCAGAACCAGCAGCCGCCUUCACUUCUCAGAACCUGUCUCCACCAACGCUUGCUAAACAAAACACUUUAAGUAACUGUCAGGGUUACUUUCGUAAUUACCGUUUCUACACUUUACCUAUAGAACACUAUGUAAUGUGUAUUUCUAUUAUCAUGAAAAUACGAUGGUUUACUAUUCAUCUUCUUCCUCUACACUCUCUCAAAGCUUUCACAGUUUGUUAAGUUCCUUUAGCUAGCGUUAGCAACUUCUUGCUCAUAAGCUUCUUCUCGAGAAUACUUCUUGAUGCCUCAUAUUCAUCUUCAUACUUUAAACAUAUACAAAUAAGAUAUAAAUCUAGAGCUUCCUAAUAUACCUUUUGUGCCCAAAUCUCACCACCCAUGCGAUAAAAUAAUUGUCAAUUAGUGAUUGGACGAAAAGUUGCACGGUUUCUUAAGUGGAACUAACAUGGUUGGAACAAGCGGCAACCAUAUGAAAUUUUUUUAAUGUUAUUAAGCUAGUAGAGGGCAAGGAUAUUAUUUUUUACCUACUUAUUACAUGAUAACAGAUUGUGUUGGCUAUUAUGGCUUCUGUCAAUUUUGACUUAUCCAAUAUAGCUUAGAUGGAUGCAGAAAUUCUGCACUCGUAUGCAAUGAACUCAUGGUUCUUUUCAUUAAAGGAAAACAUAUAUGUAAGAAGAGAGUUAGCCAACCUGUGUAAAUUGGAACUACCAUCAUAGCCUUAUCCCAACUUCGCCAGUUGGAUUCCAUCCAUAAGGUUGGUAGUGAACAGAAUUGAAGGGAGCUAGUCCAACUUAGCCAUUCUCAAAGUCAAGCUAAAACAUGACAUUAACGUUCUGUUUGGGGCUCCUUUUUAGCUGCUUUGCUUUAUGGAACAUAAGCAUAUAAUUAUUUGGGGUAUUACAGGAAUUUUUUGUCCCAAAACAACUUUUUACGAUUUGCCUUCAGCUCCCGUGUCAGCUGCGUCCUGCUCUUUUGAGGAAAAAAGUUGACAAAAUUAUCCCUGUUGUUUUGAGCAACGCCCCGAAAUGACAUUUUGCCAUGUUUUGAUCAAAGAGGUUGAAAACAAAAUUCAACCUGACAUUAUUCCAUUGAAAUCAAAACAAGUUUUUUUUUAAAAAUUUCAAUGUGAAUAUUUAUGUAUUAAAACAUGACUUAUAACUACUAGACAUCACCCUUCAAGUACCUAACUGCCACAUAUCUAGAUAGGGAACCAUUUAGGUGAGAAAUUAUCACGUGCGGAGUCCCGACGUAGAGUUACGUCCGGACUCCCCGAACAUAGCAUUACGUCCGAACUCCAAUAAAAAUUUGACGCAUGUCCUUGUACACAGUGUGUACAAAUUUGUACACACGGUGUACAAUUGUAUACAUAGUGAUAUUAUGUAUAUAAGUUUGUACACACUAUGUACAUAAUUUUGUAAUUUGUGCAUAGUGUGUGCAGUUGUACACAUUGUGUACAAGAACACGAGUUGUGUUUUUAUUGGAGUCCAGUUGUAUCCGGACUCAGCAUGCAAUAAUUUCUCCAUCUAGGUAGGCACUAAGUGGCAUCCAUAAAUCUGUCUAGUUGAGAGCUAAGACAUUCCUUGUUGGUAGUGCAGUCUGACUGACUUGAAAAGGUUGUAAAAUCUAAACCAUAUGAAUGAUUUGUUUUUGUUGUUCCAACCGCAGGGUAGGGUUGAGGAGCUCUUUGAUUUUGAUUUAGGCCCUUAUGCCAUUGCAGCCACUGAGGACUGCAGUAGAAAAUUGAGUGAUUAUGUUAAUAUAGACAUCUUAAAUGCCAUUCGGAGAACAGCUGCUAAGUCUUGGAUAUCGGAGAAAUCAUAUGACAAAGAUUCUUGUGUACCAGACCUGAGUUUGUUUCUGGUUAAUGUGGCGAACUUGGAUAAGAAUUUUCUAGAGUCCAUUCUGUGGUGGAAUCAAGUUCUUGAUUUGAAACAUGAAAGGAACAAUCCGGUAAACAUUGUGCUUGCCGUGGCACUCUACAACAAGUACUACAAGCUUCCUGAUGCUUGGAAGCUUGUUGAUUCCAGGGCUGCAAGCUCGGAGGCCAAGGUUCUCCAUUAUGAUGGACCACCCACAAUGGGUUGCUCAAACCAGAAGAAUCAGAAAAAGCCUUCUGGCUUUAGUGAUAUUUGGCGGCAGUAUCUACCUCCAAAAUCUGAUGUCAUAUUGGCAAAUUAAGGCUUCAUUUGGGACGGUUUUCUUUCUGCUUCCUAAAGCAACUUCCUAGUAAAAAAUUAAAUUUUGUUAUACUAAGAAGCUCUUUUAAGAAGCAAUAAGAAAGUCAUCCCAAACGAAACUUAAGAUCGUUUAAUUUAUCAGUUAUAUGUCUUCGGCUUCGGCUUCGCAAGGACUUGCACUCCUGGAGUAAGGACAUU